CCUAUUCCCGAAUUACCAUGUCACUGUCGGAGACCCAGGAGGAGGAGCCGUUCCCGAUUAAAAGGAAGCUCACUUUGCUAGAUCUGCCAUACGAUGUUAUUGAUAUUAUAUUCUCGAAGGUCGACUUUCGCCACCAAAGGUAUUUACGGGGCGUGUGCAAGGAGCUGAGAGAGAGCCACACUCGCCACAUAAUGCACAAGUACAAUUGGUAUGUGGCACGUUUUGCCUACCAAAAAAAGCAGAAAGAUAGCACUGGAGACCAGCGCUUAAAAACCCUGCUGCAGAUCAUGGACGGAACUGCCAGAAACUUCCUGCAGGCGGGCUUAGAGUCACAAUAUGCCAGCAACAUACUUUACUUCUAUGAACUCAACUCCAUCGGCAGCCCUUCCGUCAUAUACGACUUCCUCUAUCGUCUACAGCUUGGCCUGGAGGACCCACCCUUGCCGGGGGAGGAUCCGACAAGGAUGAGUGUUCGGGAUCUUCGGAUUAUCUACACGAUUGCACUGUUCAGGCUCCUGCGAGUAUUUGAGAACUUUCGGAUCGUGGAAUCGGACAUGAACAUGAUGCACUGGCAGCUCCUUGUGGAACUACCCCAUGUCUUUCUCGGCGUGAUGGACGAACGGAAGGUAAAUCUUCGCACCUCUAACCGGAAUAAGCGAAUCGGAUUUUUGUCCAUUCUGGCUGAGAUGCUCUACUACGUGAAAAGGAAUCAGAAUUAUGGCGGUUUCAAGGAUACCGGCAAUGUGGUCUACACAUAUGGCAUUCAGGCAGGCAAACUGUUCAAAAGGAAGCCACGCUUAAUGAUCAAAUGCAUGGUGUUGGCCCCAAAGACAUUACUCAAUCUGCUGCAGGAUGUCAUAACCGGAAAGGACGUUACCAAGAAAUCAUUCCAAGUGCCAGUGGAUGCUACAUUUAGAGCUAGGCUCGAAGUGAACAACAAGCCAGAGAAACGGUUUUUUGAUUAUGGCACAAUGCACAUAAAUAUUUUUCAUGAUAAUGAGACUGUAAAUUAGUUUAAAGCUCUUUUAGGUGUUUAAAGUAUUUAGUCUUUUGAUGGCCGACGUUAAUAGCCGAAAAAAAUAAGUUUGGUAAAGAAA